AUGGCUGUGAGAGAGAUAGAAGAAGGAGUAGUUGAUUCUAAUUCAACUAUUCCUUUGAAACAACACUUUGUGUUUGUACAUGGCUUAGGUGGAGGAAGUUGGUGUUGGUACAAAAUCUGUUGCCUUAUGGAGAAUUCUGGGUACAAAGUUUCAUGCAUAGACCUUAAAAGUGGUGGAAUCGAUCAAUCUCAUGCUGAUUCUAUUCUAACUUUUGAUGAUUAUAAUAAACCUCUUAUUGAUUUCUUAUCUGGUUUACCAGAUUAUGAAAAGGUUAUAUUGGUGGGGCAUAGUGCAGGAGGGUUGAGUGUUACCGAGGCCUGUCACAAAUUUCCAAAUAAAAUUCGUUUAGCAGUGUAUGUGGCAGCAACUAUGCUUAAAUUUGGAUUCUCAACCGAUCAAGAUCUUAAAGAUGGAAUACCAGAUUUAUCGGAGUUUGGUGAUGUCUAUGAAUUGGGGUUUGGAUUGGGACAGGACAAACCUCCCACAAGUGCUUUGAUAAAGAAACAGCUUCAACGCAAAAUCUUAUAUCCUCUAACCCCUCAUGAGGACUCAACCCUAGCUGCGAUGCUGCUGAGGCCAGGGCCAUUGCUGGCAUUAACGAGUGCGAAAUUCAGAGAAAAUGCCGAAGAAGUGGAGAAAGUGGGACGUGUGUACAUAAGGACAAAGCAAGACAAUGUGAUAAAACCAAAGCAACAGGAAGCUAUGAUAAAUAAGUGGCCACCAAGUAGUGUGUAUGAAGUGGAUAGUGACCAUAGCCCCUUCUUCUCUGCUCCAUUUUUACUAUUUGGUUUGCUUAUUAAAGUUGCAGCUUUUGACGUUGGAUGCAACUAG